GAUUCUUUCGGCCAGUGUCGAUACGAUCGUCGUCGUUCAAGCAGUUUAAGAAAAAAAAAUCUGCCUUGGAUAUUUAAGUAUCGGUGGGUGCUAAUACGUGCCAUAAACAAAUUAACAGUGCGAGAUAAAUUUUUUUGGUGGUAAUUAAGUGCAAAAAUGAUGAAAUUCGUGGUGGUUCUUUCAUUAGCCGCGGCUACAUUUGCGGCCCCAGCCUCACAAGAGGUUCAACAGCGUUCCCUUUUUGAGGAAGCUAUUGAUGUUUAUUCAUCAUGUGCCGAUGAAAAUGACAUGGCCGUGUGCCUUAAACUUAAGGCACUUAAUUUUGUCGACAGAGCUGCACGUUCCGCGGAAUUUGACAUUACUGAUGAUCUCAAAAUUGUUCAAACUGAUGAAGCCAAAAAUAGUCGCGCUGACUAUGGAAGAUCAUUGAACGAAAUUGAAUCAUCUUUGCCCACUGAAAUUGAGGCCAGAGAAGCUGCAGUUGAUAAGGCUCUUUUCGACAGAACUGCCAAGUUCCUCAGCACCCACACUGUUGAACUCAACCUCGGUGAUGAGUCCUCCCGGUCCCUCGAAGAAGGUCGUGGCAAAAAGAAGAAGAUUGUCAAAUCUUUGAUCCCUCUUCUCUUGCUCUUGAAAUUGAAGUUCGCCGCUUUGAUCCCCAUUGCAAUUGGAGUACUUGCUUUCCUCGCACUGAAAGCACUUGUCUUUGGCAAAAUUGCACUCGUCAUCAGCGCAAUCUUGGGUCUACAGAAACUCAUGGGCGCCAAACAUCAAACAUACGAAGUUCCACAUCACGAGGAACAUCACGAACAUGGAUGGGGAAGAUCAGCGAACUCAUGGGAGCAGGCUUCGGAUCUUGCUUACAACGCUUAUCAGCCAACCAAUUAAAUUUAGUCAUUAUCAUUUCACCAUUUCAUCCUCGCACUGCCUUAACACUUGAGGCAGUCGACGGAUCAUCGAAAGUGUCGUGACCAGGGCUAAUGAUAAAUGUCUUCAUACACAAUGAAGCUCUCGACUCAGGGACUGAUUUAUUUUUAGACAGUGACAGUGAUACAGACACAACAUCGACGACUACAACAAACUGAUCAUGACAAUUGAUUGAAUCUUGAUGAUCGAUCAAAUUUUGUUUCAAUUAUUGACCAAUUUUCAACAAGAGUUGAUCUCUUGUGAUAUGAAUCUUUGAUUCUGAGGAUAAACGAGAUUAGAUCUUGAGGAUCAAAGAUAUAUUAAACAGUUCAUUUUUUUUUUUUUUUUGACGAUUUUUGACAAAAUAUUAUGACGACAGAUAAUGAUCAUGACGACAGAAUAAAUGGACAGUGUUUCCAAUGUUGGCAUUAUGACAGAGACUGUACACAUAUAUUUAGAUUACGUUUAAGGCUUAUUUAUUUUCGACACAAAGAGACUUCGUGGUUUGAAAGAUCAGACUGAACUGGUCGCGACUCAUAUCAAAUCAUUCGUGCAGCAUCCCUUCGGAAUUAUCGGGAUAGAUUUCUCCAUGGAUUGUGUCAAUCCAUGUGUGAAUCAAAUUAUCCUGAAUAAUUCUUAGUCAGAAUUGCUCACAGACUUAUCCAAUGAUUAUUUAUUUCGACAAUGUCGAUUCACCAUGUAACUUAUGUUAUUUAUAAAUAAAUAUAAUUAUUUUAUAAA